AUGGACCGCAACGACGAGAAUGAUGGGCAGCCGGCCAGAAUACAACAGCAGAGGAGCUCUGUUCCGUCAUUUCUAUUCCUAAUAUUUAUGCUCUUCAUACUCACGAAUCACACUGGGGAUGAAUUUCUUGCUCGAAAUCAUUACCAGGAUGCCCUUCAAUCCCUCAAUUACCAACUGUCAAACUUCACUGCUUGGCUGAAUGGGACGGAGUCUAACUUCACAAUGCCAGACAGGAAAGCCGCCACCACCCCUCUUGUAGGGUCAUUCAUGUCCUUUGGAUCUCAUCUCAACCCACAAUGGGCCUCAUAUUUUCCGAAUGUGACCGGAUUUGCACACGGCGAGAUUGACUUCUUCAAUAUCACCACACCCAGCCUCGCAUCCACAGCCUUUCCGUGGAGAGCACAUGCUGAAACGUUCAUGGGCGACACUAACAUGACAGAGCUUGUCAGUCACGUUGGCUCUUGGAAUUGGACUGGCUCGGACAAAAUCUCAUGGAGCAUAAUGGAUCGAACCCCGGUCGGUGUGAAAGGUGUUACAGAGAAGAUCGCCAUUGUUCAUGGAAGAAUAGACGUCCGUCAUCCUACCAGCUCCGAUGACAUGAAGCUGGAUUUUGAAGGCGUGCACUUCCUCGCAAAUGGGACCAUAUAUGGCUUCGCUGAACCCACCGGCCGACAUAUAGACAUUCGCUACAUCCCUGCGAUUGUUCCAGAAGCUUUUCAGAAUGAUACCGCUCGAACAAUAGAACCUGAAUUGAUCUCUCGAGUUAAUAAGGUGAAAGAUUUGAUUGAUGCAGGUGUUAUCGACCAGGAGUCGACCAAUGGGGAGUCACAAGGAGGUUGCGGGUUUAGCGUUUAUGCACAAAUUGCUCCAUCUGAGAUAUCCGUAAAGGAUAUGGAGGACCUUGAAGACGAAUUACAGAAACCUACGGGGAGAUGGACAGUGAAAAGACCCCCUCUUAAGCUCAACGGUGUGCUUUUGAGUCGAGAAUGCGGCAUUUUAUACAAGCUGCAUGAUACGGAAGGAUUAAGUUUAUUGAUUCGUGUAUUUUGCUCAGAUGCCGGCAUCUCAGCUUUUGUGUACUUGGCGCAGCUACUAUUGCUCUCUCGUCAAGUUGACCGAAGCCGUACUCCUGCUGGAUUGUCUCGUGUCUCCUUAUGGACGUUCCUUACACAAUCCAUUGUGGACUCCGUCUCGUUUGCUGGGCAUAUCACAUUUGCCAUUAUUGCUAGUGGGCGUCCGUCCUUGUCGCUUGUGGCUCCGGCAUUCGUCGCCUGCGUGCUGUUUGCUUUUGAAUCUCAACAUGCCAUCCUCAUCAACCAGGUUCAAGCCCCAGAGGAUGCAGUAGCACCAUCCCCUCCAAGACCAGUACAACAGGAACCAUCGGUGCCUUCUCAAGUUGUGCCCACACCACCAACAGCUCCUCCUCGAUCCACUGGCCCGACAUUCUUCAGUUUGUUGCUUCGACACAUUCGAUCUGACCCCCAAGCACGGAUAUGGCUCGGAAUGUUUUUCUUCCUCACAUUCAUCGUCAGAGUCAUCGUUACUCCUUCACUGGCGUUGGUAUUCGUGGCAACCAUGUACUCCCUUUUCUGGUUGCCGCAGAUUGUGCGCUCGGUGAAAAAAGGUAGGAGCAGUGCACUGACUGCUGAGUACUUGAUUGGUACAUCACUCUGCCGACUUUUCCAUGCUCUUUAUUUCUUGACAUGCCCAAAGAAUGUGCUUGAUAUCGAGCCCCGCCGUUGGAUGUGGUAUCUCGCGAUGUUCAUCUUCCUCCAAGUUGCCGUUAUACUGCUUCAGCAGCGUCUCGGACCGGCGUUCUUCCUUCCGAAACGAUUCGCUCAUGCACAAGUGUACGACUAUCACCCAGCAUUACCGCUUUCUGCGGCUGACCCAGAAGCACCCGAUGAAUCUCUCGGGGACUGCGCUAUUUGCAUGGAGGCCAUUCAUACCGACGAUGAGAAGCAGCUAGAGCAGGUUACCGGUGGACGAAGCUAUAGUCUGGCACCUUGUCAGCAUCUAUUUCAUACGGAAUGCCUGGAAAAGUGGCUUGCUAUUAAGAAUAUUUGUCCCCACUGUCGAAGGCCACUUCCACCACUUUGA